UCUAGUCAAUCCUCUUUGGGAAUUUCACUCUACAAUUUUUUUCCCACUCAAUUUCAAUAACAGACUAGCAACAUUACGAUUACGCAUUGAAAACAAAUCGAUGGGAAUGAAAAUACUUUUAUAUCUAACAGUCAAAAAAAUUGUACAACUUCUCCAAUAGCCAUAAAUUCGGGAGAAAGAUUCAAAUGAUAAUUGUGCAUGGUCCAUGGAAAAAUCGUAACCUCAUCAGGUGAUUUCUAGCUCCAGAGAAUGGCUGGGAAUUUUUGGCAGAGCUCUCAUCACCAGCAGUGGCUACUGGAUAAGCAAGACUUGGUUAGAGAACGUCAACACGACAUCUCAAUCCUCACCGAAGAAGAAUAUCAGAAGUUGUUCAUAUUUUUUGCAAAUUUGAUCCAAGUACUAGGUGAGCAGUUGAAAUUGAGGCAACAGGUGAUAGCGACAGCAACUGUUUAUUUCAAACGUUUCUAUGCUCGCAAUAGUUUAAAAUGCAUUGAUCCAUUGCUACUAGCUCCGACUUCUGUAUUUCUGGCAUCUAAAGUUGAAGAGUUUGGAGUCAUUUCCAAUACUCGUCUAAUUACCACCUGUCAAACUGUAGUUAAGAAUAAAUUCAAUUAUGCUUACACUCAAGAUUUUCCGUAUCGCACGAAUCAUAUUUUGGAGUGCGAAUUUUACCUUCUAGAGCAUCUCGAUUGCUGCCUCAUUGUUUAUCAACCAUAUAGACCACUCCUGACUUUGAUCCAGGAUGUUGGGCCUGACGAUCAAUUAUUAACGCUUGCGUGGAGAAUAAUCAAUGAUAGUUUAAGGACAGAUGUCUGUCUGCUCUAUCCUCCAUAUCAAAUAGCCAUAGGGUGCCUGCAAAUUGCAUGUGUAAUACUUCAAAAAGAUCUGAAGUCAUGGUUCGCCGAGUUGAAUGCGGAUAUGGAAAAAAUCCAGGAGAUCGCACGACAUAUAAUAAAUCUCUAUGAGCUGUGGAAAACGUACGACGAGAAGAAGGAGAUCCAAAGUUUACUCGCAAAAAUGCCAAAACCAAAAGCAGCCCCACAACGCUGACACGAGAGUGAAUUUUCCCAUUAUGAAACAGCAUGAAUCAUUUAAAAAAUAAUUUAUUCAUACUUUUAUUCUAUACAUUUGGACCAAUUCUGUCAGUUUGAGCCUUUUGAGUAACGUUUCCAGAAUUUCUUGACAUCAUCGUGACCGACUUUGGUAACAACCAUAGUUCGUUUUCUGCAAAACAAAUAAUUGUCCAUAAUUAUUUACGCUCAAUUGCAAUUAUCGAUAA